AUGCCCACGCACCAGCGCCUGGUCGAUAAGAUGAGGAGACACUCCUGCUUUGUUGUUUUGUUCUGUGGGAUAUUUUUGCCUGGAAUCCUUGGUUUUCCACAGACAAACACCUCAAUUGAUUGUGAUUCUCUGUUACCAAACUAUGAAGCUGAACCACAGACAUCUGCACCACCAUAUAUUAUUGCUGUAUCUUUUGAUAACUUUGAGCCAGGAAAUGAAGUCCAAGUAACUCUAGAAGCACUUGGAGAUGCUGGAUUUAAAGGAUUUAAUCUACAAGCUCGAGAAAUAGAUGGAGAUGUUCCUGUUGGUACUUUUAAAAUUACAGAUCCAAACACUAAAGGCUUGGAAUGUCAUAACAUGACGAAUUCAGCAGUAAGUAAUGCAAAUUCAGAUGUGAAACAGAAGAUUACAACAACAUGGAUUGCUCCACAUGAUGUUAGAGAGCUUCAAUUUAUUGCAACUGUUGUUCAAAAUCUAGAGAACUUUUGGGUUGGAAUUCAAAGCAAAACUCUCACACCUAUGAAUUCUGCGUCAGUUAAUGCAACAGGAAAAAGUAAAAGGAAGCUUAUGAUUGAAUUAGAAUGUAACAAGCGUGGAGGGACUUACUCAACAGGCCGAUGCAUCAUGGUUGGACCUUCCAGUUCUUCUCAGAGCAGCUAUUCAGGCAGUCAGGGUGGAGUAGUCUACACAAUAAGCAAGAGUGGAUGUGGCCCCGGAGGUGCUGCUGGUGCAUAUGGCCUACAAGCCUGCAGAGAUAGUGCAUCCUUAUCCGGCAGUGGUCUUACUUAUGGUCAGUCUGUCCCUGCAAGCAGCUCGGAUUCCAGUAAGAAGGUUGUGGUCGUCGCCAACAGCAACCCUUUUCCACCUGUGCGUCACACCUUCCCUCAGAGUUUGGGAAGCUCUGCUACAAGGAUCAUAGUACAGAGUGGACAAAAACAGCAAACCAGCAGCAGUACUUAUUUUCAGGGUUCCCAAGGCAGCCAGUCCUAUGGUCAGGGCUACAGACCUCAAGGUGGCAGUUCCUAUGGCCAGGGUGGACCAAGUUUCUCAGGCAGCAGCAGCAGCAGCUCCUAUGGCCAGGGCAAGUAA